CAUGCCUUGCGGUGUCCCAGUUCAGUUCCGAUGUAAUGUACAACAAGCUCUGUGGUCUCCCUCAGUGACGGGCAGAGCAGCAGGCUGACAGACAGAGCGGCAGAUGUUGAAAAAAGCCCCACGUUUUGUCGGAUGUCCAGCAACCGGACGGACGCUUGUUUACAUCCACUCGGGGGGGUUAUAGAGGCGGGGAUGUGCGCACACCGUUAACUCUGCUGCAGGCGCGGAAUAAACAGGAUCUCCCCGCAAGUGGCCCGCAUCACAUGCAGCGGGAAGUACCGGAUUUUAUUCCAAAGAGAAAUACUGAGGCAACAGCACAACGGGAGAGUGUUUUUUUUGUUUUUGUUUUUUUUAAGUGCUCUGACACACAGUGAUCUACUGCUGAAAAGAGGAUGGAUAGAAAACAUCAUUAGCACCCCUUGUGGUGUGGAGGAAUGAGGGCCUCUGGAUGAAGGCCAUGGAGCUGAAAGUGUGGGUGGACGGAGUGCAACGCAUCGUGUGUGGGGUCACAGAGUUCACUACAUGCCAGGAAGUGGUCAUAGCUUUGGCACAAGCCAUUGGACGCACCGGUAGGUACACUUUGAUUGAGAAAUGGCGUGAUACGGAACGUCACCUGGCUCCACAAGAGAACCCUGUGGUGUCCCUCAACAAGUGGGGUCAGUAUGCCAGCGACGUCCAGCUCAUCCUCCAACGGACCGGCCCGUCCAUUAGCGAGCGGCCCACCUCUGACGGGCAGGCUCGCGUCCCAGAGCGUGGGUUCUACCGCCAGAGCCUGCCGCCUCUGGCCAAGCUCCGCCCGUCAGGGGCAGACCGCUCGCUCAAACGAAGGGAACCGAAACGCAAGUCCCUGACCUUCACUGGAGGGGCCAAGGGUCUGCGGGAUAUAUUUGGGAAAAGCAAAGACACAGAAGCCAAACAGCCUCAGCAACGUGGUGUGAGCCUGAACCUGCGUAGGGUUGGAGGUGUUGGACCAUCAUCUGUACCUGGGAGUCCAGCCAGAGAGCUGAGCCGGCUGGUGCAGCUGCAGAGAGACAAACUCCAGGCCCUGGAGAGCCGUCUGCUGGGCUGCGAGGCCGAGCUGCGAGACUGGGAGGAGGCUGGCAGCGAGGCCAAUGAAGGAGGAAACCUGGAGGAGGAGCUGCUUCUUUUAGAGCAGCAGGUGAGGAGGAACGAUGCAGAGAUGGAGGAGGAGGAAUUCUGGCAGAACGAGCUGCAGAUUGAGCAGGAGAGCGAGCGGCAACUGCGACAACAGCUAGCUGAGCUGCAGGGUGGUGUACGCGACUGCGAGGCAAAGCUUUCAGAGUACUUAGCACACAUACAGAGCAUGGAGGCAGGCCUGGAGCAGGAGCGGCUGCAGCAGGAGGCCGAACUCAACCAGAAGGUCAAUGAGGAGGAGGUGCAAGCACAGCUGGAGAAGGUGAGGGCUGAGCUGGAAAUGCAGAGCCAGCACACAGCUCGGCUGGAGAGCAGCUGCAGGGCUUUGGAACGCUCACUUGGCCAGUCCAGCAAGAGAUUACAGGAGAAGGAGCAGGAGCUUGAGCAGCUGACAAAAGAGCUACGACAGGUGAACCUGCAGCAGUUCAUUCAGCAGACUGGUACCAAGGUCACCGUGCUGCCUGCUCUGCCUACAGGAGAAAACAACAACGAAGUGGAGUCUGGCUCUCUGAAACGACUUGGCUCUUCUCGUCUCUUACCCAGUGACCUUCGCACUCUUCAAAGCACCGUGUCCUCCAGCCUCAACCCUGAAGGCAUCUAUGUCUGACCCCAAACUGUCCAGGAGACAUUAUUUUGGCAGCAGGGUAGCCACAUGUUACGAGGACUGUCUCGAUGACUGGAAGGCUCAAGAACUGACUCCCUGAACUGCUGGAAAGCAGGGCACUGAAAUAAACCCAGCUCUAGGAACAGCCUAAGUGUGGAGGAUGUUGGCAAAAACAUUACAUGGAGGAUGAGUGGGGUAUCACAAGCAUCUUUUCUGCACUGCCUCCUCUUCCAUCUUACUAAGACUGAGACUAAAACUGAUGUCAAUAUCCAUUUACAAACAUUUAAUCCACUGUCUGGGUGAGUGAAGAUUUAUUUUUAGUCCCUCUCAGUCCACAAAAGCUACAUUUUCUCAGAAAAAAUCAAAAACAAACUACAAGCCAGUAGAUGUAUUUUUGUUGACUGAGGAGGCUUUCGGCCAAACAGUGCAGAGAAACUUCAUUUUUAUGUUUUAAAUCAUGAACUGGAGAGAAUUUCAGGAUGCAAACAGACACAUGUAAACAUAAUCCAUGCACGAGCAUGCACAAACACACCUGUGCUAUAACCAUAGCCAUAUCUGAUUGCCUUACUCUGGUGUUUUAAAACCAGACGUCAAUAAUCUAAUGUUAAAACAGAACUCAAGGUAGCUACUGAUCUAUGCGUCAUAUAAAUAAGAAUGCUUAGCACCAAUUCAGGUGAUACCUAGUCAUGGUAACUGAUGUCAGUAUAACUCAACAUUGGCUCCUUUUCUUUGAUAUGUGUUAAUGUUUGUAUUGAUUUUAACUGGAAAUAAAUUAGCUUUCUUAUUUCCUGUGUUUGGCAAAAACGAAAAAACCUUUGCCCAUCAUUUAAAUGAAAUGAUAUAAAAGAAAUUUAGGAGAAAAUAGACGGAGGAACAUCACCAACUACUGGACAUUUUCAGUGAAAUAGUUUGGCUUUAUUUUCAGUUUUGGUGCACACUUGGUGCAGAGCCAUUAAUCUCCUCUUUGUUUCAGUUGAACACUUCCUCCAAAAGCUCUGAAGUGUGUGAGUGGAGCGACGAGCGAUGACAGAGGCCUUUGAGCCCACAGAGUAAAUCCGGCCCUGGAAAUGUUGCCAACAAUGACUGUGUGCCCUGUCUGACCACCAGGUGGCGACAAAACAUAUAUUAUUCAGACAGGUGAAAGUUAACUGUGUUAAAGUUACUCCAGGUCUGAUUUUAUCUGCCUUGGUUUAUUUUUAAUAGGUCAAAUAUGAUUUUGAAUAUUGUUUUGCAACAAAGCCUCAGCACUUGAGCUUUCAGUGUAUAAUCUAAAGUUCCACCUAUAUUGCUGGCCAAGUGUUUACCACGUUUCACUGUGUUCAUCAAGCAGGGACAAACACACACACUUCUAAAAAAAAAAAAAAAAAGCAUCACACCAACAUACUGUAGUCUUCUGUCUGAUUUUUUUAACAUUUUAAUUAACUAAAGAUGUCUCAUAUGAACCAAAGCUUGUGUGUAAAACAAUAGUUGCAGUAGAUGAAUGUACUUUUUAUAUGGAUGCAACUUACGCCUGUGAAGUGUACCAACUUGAAUCAAAGAGUAGUUGCAUUUAUUUUUAAUGAUUUCACUGUCAUUUGGAUAGUUGAGCUCUGUCACACAGGAAUAAGAGAGAAGACAUAAAGUUUGACAGGAAAUAAAGGGAUUUGAAAUUUGACAACACAUUUGUUUCUCUACAGGCUACAAUACAAACCAUAUGUAAUAUAUAUUGGGUUUCUGGAAUGAAAAUUCCAAUUAGUGUUUGAUCUUCAAAACAUUUAAAAGUUUGUGGUUGUAUAUCAAACCUGUGAAAAACAAAUGAGAUAAAUAAUAUUUUUGGAUGAAUUAUAUCCACAGUACAUGCACACAAAUGCACACACACAUUUAAGUUACAAAUAUACAUUUUGGCCCUGCUUUGGGCUGUAAAAACGGGACUUCAGUUAAUACUUGGGAACUUAAUUUGGCUUAACUUGGAGUACUGAGUGUCACACACAGUUUUCUUUUCAGUCUGCAUUCAAAUGUUCUGCUGUUUCAGUCUUUGUGCAGCCUCACCUUGGAUGUAACUUGUACACAUUGCAGUGGUGGUAAGUACAUUUGCUGAACAAAUUUGAGGCAUGUGUACUUUAUUGGCAAUAUUGGCAUAUUUAGAUUUUUCCUCAAGUAACAUUUUGAAUGCAUAACUUUAAGUAAAAGUAUCAAUACCACCGUGUUAAAGUCCUCCUCCACUCAAAAAUCAGUUUUUCUACUUGUUCUUAGAGUUAGAUGUUUGAUCUUCACUGUACAGAAUGAUGUAUGUGCAGAGUUUGACACAAGAAGGAUGUUUUCACAUUGAUCUACUGGAAAGUUUCUCUUUGCAUAUUGAAAACCUGAUUUUAAGGGGGCAAGCUUGAUUUAUGAAAUCACAGUUUGCAAGUCAAUCCUGGUCCAGUAUAAUUUGUAUACUAGACCAGGGUGGCUUCAAAACUUUGUGAUUUUAUAAAUCAAGUGUGACGUUGACAUUUUAAGCCAUUGCUGAGACUUACAAUGAGGUAGAAGGAGUAGGUGCCCUUUUAAGGAUUUUAAUGUGGAAAUUAUUUUUUGUAGAAAAUAAUCAGAUUGUUGUUCCAAGCAGACUAUUUGUAUAUAUGUCAUAAUACAUAUCUGGAGGGGAUCUUUAGGUAAAAAAUCUGAGUACCUCUUCCACCACUGACACAUUUUGUGUAUACAUUCUCAUCUUUUUCUACAUCUACAAUUCUUUUUUUUUGCCAAACUUGAAUUUCUUGUGCACAGUUUUUUUUUUUAUCAUAUACAAACACAAGCUUUGAAAUUAUUUCUGAACAUCAGGUCAACCGCUCAGUAUCUUAUUUACUCUCAUCCGAGCCCAUAACAAGAGUCUUUUGUUUGAAUUCCUCCCUCCAGUGUGAAGCAUCUUGCUUCGUUGUUUGCUCUGCAGUGCAAAAGACACCCGAAUCACAACUUGGCAAACUAUUCUCAGAAAUUGUUCAGUGACAGAAGUUUUUCUCUCCCCCCUCAGUAUGCAGUAUUAUCGUCAUGGCAACAACUUCAGCUGUUACACGGAGACUGUAACCCGCUAAUAAAGGAAUAGCAGCUCUCCUUGACUGAAAGUUUUGAAUAAUGGCAUGCCUUACUGGAAAAAACAAGUGUAAAUAAUGUCUACAUAUCACAUCAGUCUAUGGACUAUUUUUAAAAGUAGAUUGAAGUCUGAAAUAUGCAGAGUGCUAGAAAGGUUAGACUUUAAUGCUGCCAUUCAGUAGGCAGCUCUGUGUGCAUGCAAUAAUGUGUGAUUGGUUUAUUUGGAAUCCCAAUUAGUGGCUACCGAGGAUGCAACAAUUCAUCUGUGAUUAAUUUUAUUUUUGGUUUGUUGUGUCCCUUCUUGCCUUGUUGACAUUUACACUAAUGAAGAUUUGAGCUUUUGGUGAAGAGCAGGCAGACAGUUUAGUGUAUACAAGCUUAAAAAAAUGGGAAAACAUGCAUAUUUUCUUGCCUUUUCAUUUAAUUCUGGCAUAGGCAACAUUUAUGGAUGUAAAAGAGAUCAAUGUUGCAUUGAAACUUGACAUUGAGUUUACCGACAUAGCUGGUUGUAUCUGCUUCCUGCUUUGAGCCUUUGCCAAUAAUUGUUUUUUGUUGUGCCAUCAAUUCUGCUUUUCAAUGAAAGUGCAUAUAGAAAUGAGAAGAUGGAGCCAUUAUGAAAACAGCCAUCAAGUGGUUUUGAAAGCUAGAAACGCUGCAGCUCAGGGAUAUUUCAAGACACAGAAUUACCCAGACAAGAAUGGGCAGAAAGUAAUUAUGGAUAAAUGCUGUUCAUGAUGUCUCGAGCCAUUUGACAAGUUAAAUCGUAUAUUUGCUCUCACGGGGGACUUGAGCAGCUGUUUGACAAGUUUAACAUGUGGCUCCGAGAUGCAACACGACAAAUGCGACUGAAAUAGUGAUUUAUCUGAGAGAGACAAAGCUUUAUUUGAAAAGUAAAGUGUUUCUGUUGGCUCACGAGAGGCACAAACCGGGUCUAGUUAUAGCAGUUGGGUUUGCAAUGUAAUCCUGUUCGUUGAAACACCCCUCAAAGAGUUUACAUGAACGCUUCACUGUAAACAUCCUGCUGGUUAGAUGAACUGUGCUUGCCUAACAUCACUGACUUGCACUAACUCAACAUUUAGACAAAUUGAUGUAUAUUAAAAACAUUUUUGUAUUAUUUACUUACAGAUUCACCUACUGUAUUUUUUAGCUUUCAGAACUGAACAGAUUUUCUUCUUUACCAUCAUUCAGCAACUCUGUAUGAAAGACAUGAAAAUCAAAUUCAAAGAGAAAUGUAAAAUAUAUAAAUAAAUGAAUAAAAUAUAUUUAAAGAACAUGCCGGAAAUGAAUAAACUGCUAUACAGUGCUGAA